AUGGAGCUCCACGAGCUGUCCUAUAUGUUCACAAAAUGCGGAUUCGGAGCUUGUUUUGUUGUCAAUUCCUUUUUCAUUUUUCUCACUAUAACUUCAAUUAAAAGAAUCUACAGUACUUAUAAGAUUAUGGUAGUAAUCUUUGCAUUGAUGGGAAUCCUAUUUGCAGGAUGGGAGACUGUUGCAAGACCGUUUGCCCACAAUUAUAACAAAGGAUUUUUGUACUUUAGCCUUAGCAACUCUUAUCAGGCUUCUCGAGAAUUUCUCGAGUUUGCUAUUGUUGUAUACGGUAGUUUUUAUCUGGUUAUAUUGGCAUUUAUAGUUGUGCAAUUUAUAUAUCGAUAUCUGACACUGUUUAAGCCAGUUUAUUUGAGAAAAUUCAAAGGAAAAGGGAUGAUUGUUUGGAUGACAUACCCACUGAUUGCUGGUGCCGCGUUUGGAGGACCCCUCUAUUGUUUUGGAGUUGUUGAUGAGUAUUCGGAUGAGUAUUUGAAAAAAGAAAUUUUCGAGAAGUACAAAGUAGCCAUCAAGGAUCUACCUCGAUUUGCCAUUGUAACCUAUGACUCAGAAGGCUAUUUGCGAUGGAGGAACAUUUCUUAUCUUAUCACUUCAAUUUUUAUGAUGGGAUCUCAGUACCUAAUAAUCAUUUUCUGUGGAAUCCGAAUGCAUUUGAGAAUGGGAAAAGAGCUCAAACAGUUCUCCGUGACAAACCGAAAUCUUCAGAAGCAAUUUUUCAAGGCUCUCGUAUUUCAAACUCUCGCUCCAACUCUUCUGUUUGUGGUACCAGCAGCUCCAAUUUUAAUGGGACCUCUUUUCGAUACAGAAAUGAGUAUUAGAACUGGUUUAAUAUAUGUUCUACUGAACAUUUAUCCACCAAUUGAUAGUAUUGCUUUCAUGGUGAUUGUGUCGGAAUAUAAACAAGUUAUUAGAGAAAUUGGAAAAUAUAUAACAUCAACAAAGCCAUCCCGAAACUCUACGACGUAUCAAAUGACAAGUAUCAGCUGA